AUGGCAGUCAAAGCUCUUCAGAUCACGCCUCUCAGCGUCCCAAAUACUUCAAAGGUUAACUUUGGUGUUGAAAUCGCAAACGUAGACCUUGAAAACCUAUCGGAUUCUGACUUCCAGAGAAUCCGAACCGCGCUGUACAACUCGCAUGUUGCAGUCCUAAAGAACCAAGCUGGCCUUUCACCAAAGGCUCAAUAUGAGCUUACCAAACGAUUCGAUCCCGCCUCUGACAACUACGGUCACGGCAAGACUCUUGACGCCAAACGCUCAGUCCUUCACCCAGAUCUCAAGACUAUUCCUCAUCAACCACAAGUACAAGUCAUUGGUAACGGGUACUACGAUGAAUACGAGGGACUGAAGAACAUCACUCUCAAGCACCCCCACCACGCCAAAUUCCACAAGGACAAGAUUCCAGAGGCAGAUGACCUUGACGCCACCCGGUUUUUCAGAUGGCACAUGGACGCUGCAUUGUACGCGCUCAAUCCUCCAAAGGUUACAUCUCUCAUGGCGGUCAAGGUCCCUGCCGGUAGACGACAAACUGUACGAUACGACGAUGGUACUGGUGACGAGCUUGACGUGGCUCUUGGUACCACUGCUUUCGUAUCGGGCCAGAACAUGUACGACAUCUUGAGCGAGGAGGACAAGAAGUUUGUGCGAGAAGCAAAAAUCGAAUAUGCUGCUCAUCCAUAUGUCUGGAUGAGCCCAGCAAAGAGUCGAUCUGAUGGCUUGGGAAUGAUCUCUGAGGGAUUGGAAUUGCCGGAAUCCGAUCUACCACCAAUCAACCCAAAGGACAUCAAGGUCCUACCAAUGUGUUUCAAGAACCCAGUCACUGGGAAACUUGCUCUUCAAAUCCAUCCCAGCGCUGCCAAAGCCAUCCAUCUCCCCAACGGUGAAGUGAUGACGGAUAUCAAGGAAGUUCGCGACCUCGUUCACCGUCUCCAACGACCAGGAAUCGCACCAGAGUUUGUCUACCCCCACGACUGGGAGGAAGGCGACCUCGUUCUCUUCAACAACCAAGGUGUCUUGCACACCGUCGUCGGCGCUUUCACUCCUGAGGAGAAGCGUUUGUUCAGACAGUGCAAUAUGGCUUCAAGCGAGGGUGUUAUGGGUCCGGACGACAAACUUUAUUAG